CCACAGAAGAACAUCUUGAGUAAAGGAGAAAAGAGCCAUCUGCAGGAUGAAGUGUGUUGCUGUCGGCGUGUUGCUGAGUCUCCUGGCACUGGGACGGCCUGCUCCUCUGAGCGACUGUGACACUGUGGUAAAACCAAUAGCCAUCAGCAGAGAAUAUAUAUUGGGGAAGUGGCUGUACAUCGGGGGGAGCUCUGACCUCCCAGGAAGUCGCUCGCUGGGCCACCUGAUGUCCAGCGCCUGGGUGCACCUCGCUGAAACGUCCCAGAGCAACGCCCUCACUCUCACCCAGACCCAGAGACUAUAUAGCAAAUGCACGAGCCUAGCAUACAAUGUGACCUUUGAAAACAGCAUAAUGUUGAUUGAACAACCUUUCUACCUGAAAGAAGUCUACCUGACAACUGAGCCCGACUGUCUGGUCGCCUAUGAAGAAAUUAUCUCUGGGAGAGAUACGUUUACCAGUCUUCUCAUGUUUAGCAGGACAAAGAACGCCUCACCUGCUGCUCUGGAGAUGUUAAAGAGACAAGCAGAGUGUCUGGGGAUGACGCCGCCCAUAAUAGUAGAUCCAAACUAUGAAAUGUGUCCAGACGACAUCCAGCCCUCCGAGGGGCUCAGCGCUCUCAACUCGUUACUGGAGGCCAAGAUGGGACAUCGAGUUGCAAGAGUUCUUGAUUAUCUUUUUGAUAUGUUUGUCAACUGAUUUUCAGUGGUGGAAAGCAACUAAACAGACUGACCUAAGUACAGUACUUAAAUAUAAUUAAAGCUGCUGUCCGGAGUUUGAAUCGCAGCGUCUCCCAGAACACUGGUGGUCCCACCCUCCCUCUGAUUUCGCCCCUUUAUUUGUGCACGCGCGCAGUACAUGAGAGAAGUGCCCGGAGUGCUGCAGCAUCUCGCCUGUUUUGCUGUUUUCCCCUCUUCUGCAUUUAGUACAUUUAGUAAAUAAUAAAGGAAUUACGUUAGAAUUCUGUAUUGAGUCUAACUUGUCCUAAUACCAAAAUAACAUGAAUCUGCUAGGACGAACGAGUAAAGUUUCAAUAUGUGAUUACACUCGUGUAUCCCUCUCGAUGACGUUGUUUAUCAAACUUAGUGCAUUUAGGCGUGUAUAUGUGUUACAUUGUUUAUUUAUUUCUAUCUAGAGUUCAGAAUUGCAUGACUCCUCUGACGAAGAGUAUGUCCCAGACGCCCCAACAUCUUCCUCCAGAGGUCGGGCAUCUAAACGAAGCCGUCAGGCGGGCUAUGGAGGGCCGUGGUCGGGGAGCGAGGCGAGCACCCUGACCACGGCAUCUAAACGAAGCCGUCAGCCGGGCUAUGGAGGCCGUGGUCGGGGAGCGACGCGAGCACCCCGAGCCAAAAACGUCCUGCAGUCUCUUGGCCUGACAAGCCGUGGGAUUGGUAACUUUUCUGGAAGUUGCUGAGCCCUGAUGCUCUCUCCUCCACAAGCAAAACAAAUGUGCGUGCGGUUGCGUAGUGCGUAGCUCGCCCACCUCUGCAUGGGCUUGCUUGCUGUGCGCGUAACCGUUGAUUGACAGCAUGACAAAGCUGAAGCUCGAACUUGAUUGGUCGGCAGCAACCGGCGCUUUUUGGAAUAACAUGGGGGUCUAUGAGAGGAAGGCGGAGCUCAGGAAUAAAUUUUCAUAUCGCGUUAUUCUAACUUUAUAUUAUAGUAUCGAACUAGACUAACACAUUUAAGCUUUGUUAAAAAAAUGAUACAUAGAUUGAAAACAAACGGAAACUCCGGACAGCAGCUUUAAGAGGUACAAAUUCUUUACUGAAGUACUUCCAUUUCUUUUUGCUGCUUUAUACUUCCACUCCACUACGUUAGACGGUAAUAUUGUACGUGUGAAACUACUACAUUUAUCUGAAUUUUUCUGUUACUUUACUGGAUAAUAUAAGAAGCUUUUGAAUUACGAGACACUAUUAAAGAUUAAACCACUCUUUUCCAAACGUUUUAACUUAUGGCAUCUCACACAAGGCAGAAGUGUGUAGUUGGGGUCAUAUUUCAGAAGUCUAGUGAUUUUUUCCUCAAAACUUCUCUCUUGUUUUAAUUUCAAUAAAUGUUCAAAUGAUCCAAUAACUUACUUUAACGAUUAGAGGAAAAAGUCCAAAAACUGAACACAGAUUUGUGUAUCUGAACUUUUUUCCUUUCCCAUUUAUCAUCUGAUGAGUCCUCAGAUUUAUUUUAUGUCCCUGUACAUAAAACUGUAUAUAAAGUAGUUGAAACUAGCUCCAGCUGCAGCACCUACACCAGUAACCUGCUGCUGACACACUUUUGCUUCACUAUUAAAAAUCAAAGUUGUCACGUAUAAAAAUAAACCAGUCAGUGACCAAACCAGCACUUUUACAUUAAUACUUCUAGUAACAUUUUGAUGUUCAAACUUACGCAGUUUUACUUAGUGGAAUUUUUCAUGUCUGACUUUGGCUUGUAAUGGAGUAUUUUUACAUUGCAGUUUUACCUAAAGGGUCCAUACUGUGCCACUUUUCAGCAAGUUAAUAAAGACCUCACAUGUC